GCGGCCAUGGCGGCCGGGCGGCUCCGAGCGCUGGCGGGCGCCACGCUCCACGGGCGGGCUCCCUUCGGCCCGCCGCCACAUCCUCUCGGCGUCGCCGUGAGGCCCCGACAGCAGCGGAGCUUAACCCUCGGCGGUGCCUCCGAGGGCGGACGCGGCGGCGCCACGCCUGGCUCGCAGGACGGGCCCGAGAGCCCGGCGAGACGGCCGGGCAGCGAGGGGUUAACAGCGGCGGAGCGGCGGAUCGCGGAGCUGCACGCGGCCGCCUGCGCGGUGAGCCUCCCGUCGCUCCCCGCCCACCCCGGGCGCGCCUGCGCGGCUGGCCAGUUAAACUAUGUGGACCCAGCUACUGGUUUCAUGGUGCUCACCAUGCUGGCCCACUUGCAGAGGGGCGCCUGCUGUGGCUCUGCCUGCAGACACUGUCCAUACGGUCAAGUCAAUGUUAAGGAUCCAUCUAAAAAGAAGCAAUUCAAUUCAUAUUUUUAUGUUUGACAAUGAUUUUUGUCUCUGUUCUCUGAUUAAACAUGUACUUAAAAAUAAAUGUCU